AUCUCACGGAACCAGGCCACACAUGAAUGUCGCCGUACGCUGUACUCCUUCACGCCGAGCGGACAUUGGUUCGCAUUCCUGCCAUGUUCAAAGGCGUCACACAGGCGGCGAGGCAUUCGCAUGUGUAUGGAUGGAGUCAGUGCGUCUACCGCCUUACUAGCCUUCAGCCCUGGUUUCCCGUACUAUUGGAUCGAAAUCUCCAAUUCACUGAACAUUUUAAGUGCUCACUUGUGUUGGUCUACAUGUUCCUCGCAGUAGAAGUAGCGAUGUCCUCGUAUAUUGGGAGUAUGGCUGCUUAGGCCAAGGGCAGCCGUUAUGCUACUGCCUUACUGAUUGCUUAGCGUUGUAAUGGAUUUUUUUCCGGUGUCUAUCGCGUGGUAUGCUGAAUAUUAUAUACAGAAUGUAGCAUUAUUACAAAUGUGGAUCUACAUGUUAUUGUAUAAUGCUAUCUCGAUACUGU